AUGGCCGUUUUGAAGACAGAAAAAUGCGACUCUCAACCUACAAUAUUGACUGGGCAUGAGGAUCCGCCCCCGAACUAUGAAGAAUUGUCUACUCCUACUAUAAACAGUCCUACUUCCGUUGAAGGACCUGACGUGGCGCUUUUCAAUACUAAAGCGUCAAACUAUGUCCACAUUCAACGAUACUUGAACGGUAUCCAAGAAGCUUUCUUCAUCGAUCCUACUCUCCGCGUUCCCCGGGCGUUACUGCCUUCCUUAAAGGCCGGAGAGACAGAUGAUACGCGCAGAAAUUUAAACCUUGAAGCGACCAUGGGUCCCAUUGAUGUUGACGUGACCAUCGUCUACAAGGAACCCCAGUCAUCAGAGACGCAAAGGAGGGUCAUCCUGGUGGUGAAAAACAACCUGGGGCCGAUCAAAAUGCGAUUACAUGCGGCGGACUCUCCCGAUCGGCAUCCUUUGUACCUUCGUGUGUGCUCACAAACAGGACCGAUGGACAUUUCUCUUCCGCGUUCAUUCGUCGGGGUAAUCACUAUAGCUACUGGCCUCGGGCCUGUCGAACUCUCCAAACAUCUUUCACAGUUUAUCACACCGUUAAGCGAUGCCGGAAAGGGUCGGAGGAGGUAUUUUAUUGGCGAUCUCUCGACUUCGCCAUUCAACGACGACCCGAAAGAAUGGUGCGGGGACGAGGUACUCAUCGAGUCCAAUCUGGGUCCAGUACAUCUGAAACGUGAUGACGAAUGA